AAAGUCUUGGCUGCAUUCCCACUUUCCCAGCAACUUCGCUCUUUUUCUUUAUUGCUAUAUAUAUUGGUCUCUCUCGAUCUCAUCCUUCAUUGAGAGAAGCAAGCAAGUCUAUAUAAACCAUAAGAGUUCAUUGAUCGAUCUGUGCACAAAAGAAGCGGUUGCUGAAAUUGUCCCAAUGUUUGGUUCAGGUUCUUUUAUAGGUGGAGGUGGAGGUGGAGGUGGAGGUUGUGGUGGAGGUGGAGGUUGUGGUGGAGGUGGAGGUUGGGGUGCUGCCACUCCUUAUUCGUACAGGGACCAGAUUUUUGAUGAAAUGAUAACAACUCUAAGACAACCGGAUAUUAUCAUGAUUGGGUUAUACGGAUCAAGUUAUAAGAGUAGAAACAAUGCAGUGAAGAAAAUCACUAGAAGAGUUGAGAGGGAUGGGCAAUUUGAUGUGGUUAUAAAGGCAAGCAUGGUAAAAAAGAAUCUAUGGUGGAAAAAAUCACUAGACAUGAGAAAUAUUCAAGAAAAACUUGGGAACCAGUUGGGUUUACAAUUCCAAGAGAAAACUCUAGAGGAAAAAGCUAGUUGUUUGUCUGAUAAAAUAAAGAUGAAACAAAAAAUCCUUAUCAUCUUAGAGGAUCUGCAAGGUGAAAUCAACUUGACCAAGAUAGGAAUACCAUUUGGAAAUGAUCACAAGGGUUGUAGAAUUUUAUUUGUAGCCAAUAAUAAGAAGGUGUUGUCCAACACAAUGAAAAUUCCAAUAGUAUUCUCUAUGGAUGACUAUAGUUCACGUUUUUAAGUUCAAACUUAUAAAAUAAUUUUA